UCAGAGCCCUCCUCGCAGCCCUGCAGAACGCGUUAAUCCCUUGAAGUUGUCCCGCAGCUGGACUAUCCGAAGGAAUACGGGCGACUCGGUCGGCUGGCCCUCGGCGUCCAUAAGGGCGUCGUAGUGGGCCUCCCACUCGAGCGCCAUUAGCGCUGCGUAUUUCCGCAGCAGCUCCUCGUCCUUCCUCGCCGUGUCCGUCUCCUCCCGCAUGACGACCCCUGUGAUGGGGCUUGCCCGCAGCACCUGGUGCAGCGUCAUGCCGAAGGCGAACACGGGAGCUGGUGGCCCCAUCCACACGGCCUCGCAGUUGCCGUCUCCUACCAGCACGCCCUCGGCCCGCAGCUGCCGGCGAGUCCUCCCCAGUCCCGUGGCGGUGCGCUCUUGGAUGGCCGAUGCGCCGGCGGGAGGGCCCAACGCCGCCACCAGCUCCGGGGCCCGGUUCCAUCUGCCGCCGUUCGGCAUCUGCCCUCUUGCCAUCCUCUCAGCCCUCUCGGUCGGCACCAAGACGGCCUUGUCGCCCAGAAAGGUGGGCGGUGCGGGUGAAGGCCCGUUGCUUGGUGUGGAUGGGGGCCUGGGUGGAUUGGUGGCCAGGGAGUUGGCGAGAUCGAUGAAGUGAACAUCAUUGACGGAAAGGGCGGCGCCUGGGCGGAGCGCCGACCGCCUCAGCAUGACGUUCCCCAUCGCCCCAUCCAGGUGGAGCACCCCCUGGCCAACCGCUGCAAUGUGGGCCUCACAGGCGAGGAUGAGGGCGCGGGUGAUGACCUCCACUGUGUCAGUGAAGGCUGCUUUCGCCUCCUCAGUGAAGCCCUCGUCCUCCAGCCGCACAAUCGCUUGGUACAAAUUGUGGAUCCUGUCUCCUUCGUGCGGCUGGGCCCACCCAAAGAGGCGGCUCAUCUCAACCCACUCGUUGGCUGCAUGCAUGACACACAGGAAGCACAGGUGACAUGAACAAUCCUGCGUUCCCUCUCUCCCCGCCCUCCUUCUUUGUGUCUUACCAUGCAAGAGGGGGGUGGCUAUGCACAGCGCCUCCUUGGGCAGCCCCUUGGUGUUGGUAUAGGUCAGGGGCUGGUCCUCGUUUGUGUGGGCCGCCAGGAGGGGAAGGAAAGGGGGAGCACCGCCAAGACGCUGCAAGCGGUCCACCUCCACCUGCAGCUCCUUGAUAGUGUCCUCCCUGUCCUCCUUGUCCGUCAAGCUGCCCAGCACGACAAUCUUGAUGGCCGCCUCCUCACCCUGGCCGUGCCCCUCUGGUGCCGGCUCGAUGAAUCCCCUCAGCACAGUGCCAGUUGCGCCUUUCCCGAUGGUGGCCGCCUUGGGGUCCUCCCACACGGUCGACCGCCCGUCGGCCCAGCUGAGAACAGCUGGCCGCCUGUGUGGUUCUGUGGGUGGGGCGUCGACCGGACUAGUGUCGGUCAAGUCCGAUGAGUCGGUCGGCUGGGAUGGUGCCGCCUGUUGCGGAGGUGGCGACGUAACUCCUGCAUCCUCCUUGAUGACAGCAGACCGAAGGAAGCUCUCGGGGCUGCUCACAUCGUCGCUGCCGUCCGCCUCCGUCUCCAU